AUUUUGGCAGUCUGUAACAGGCCUAUGUCUUUGAAUUUUGUUAGACUAUGUAAGUGUUCACCAGUUUUGUGAGAUAUCAUUGCAUAGUAAGGUACUAUUGCUACCACUGGUAGAGAAACAACAGCCUUAGAAGCAGGGCUGGUUUGUUUUUUAUCCACUUCCAUUCCCCAGCAAGAAGAGACAUGUUCUGAGUCUGGCUUUGGUAAUAUCAGCAGGACCCUUUAGGGUGGCUGAUCACCUAAUUUGUAGAGGAAAGUAGGGCUCCUCCACAAAGGCCAUAUAUAGACUCCUUACUCCUUUUCUGAGUUCCCCUCUCCCUUUUUUUUAGUGCUACUCUUUUCAAAUUGAAUAUGUCAAAUAUCCUCUAAAAAAGUAGAUGAUGCAGUUAUAACUGUCCAUAUAACUUAGUAUCAGCCUGAUUGUUGCAGAUUUAUUAAUAUCAUUUGUUUGUGUCACAUGUGCAAUGUGAACAUAAGAGAAAGUGGUCUCUUUCCAUUUACAGGAAACUUGUUUACAUUCUUUGCCUUUAGGCAAUUCUUUAGGAGACUAAAGCUGUUUUUGAUCCUGUAAAGUAGGUACAGUGUCCUCCUCAUAGGAUUUCUUUGAAAGCUGAAAUGCAAGUUUUUUUCUCUUUGACUAGUGCUGAUUUUUAAAGAGAAAUAUCAGCGCUGCUUACUGCUUUUCCUGUCAUGAACAUGUAUUUUAUAAACAUCAGCUUCAGGAAAAUGUGUUUUUGGAAAUAUGGACAGCUUUUAACAGUGUUUUGCCUAGCCCAUGUUCCUAUUCUAUGUACCGUAUGACCUCAUGUAUAUGUUGAGGGCAAGUUUUGGAGCCAAAAUUAUGGAUUUUGAUAGGAUGUAUGGAUAAGUCGCGGGUAAAACUUAAGGACAUGUAGCAGGGGAUCUAAAAGACAAAGCAAAGAAAAAUGAUGCCAAACAGAACCACUAUUUUCCCACCUAGGCUUUAAAAAAAGCCAGAAACAUAGCAGCAAUGGAAGGAGCAGAGGAGGCUGGUGCUUCUUUUAGGUUCUCCCAGCUCUUGCCGUUCACUACUCCAAGAAGGGGAUAGUUAAAGUACAGUACAUAAACUGACUCAUGGAUAAGUUGACCCAAAUCUUUUUUUUUUUUACUAAACUUUUUAGACUUAUACAUGAGUAUAUAUAGUACUUCCUCCAAUUUGGCCUUCUUUUUUCUUACUUUUCUUUUUUUCUUUGUAUAAAUGCAAUUUUUAAAAAGAGCAAUAAUUCUUUCCAUUGUCAGUCCAUACAGUUACUUAGACUUGCCCACUACAUGAAUGAUUGUCCCUUCUUUUUGCUCCUGUCCUGCUUAAAUGUUUUUAGCUCUACCUUUUUCCUGUAUUGGGACAAGGCAAGUUAACCUGAAUUACACUUCACUAUAUAUAGUGAAUAUGUUGUGAAUUUUUAGCAAUGUAGAUAUAAGAAUUCUAAUGAAAGAUGGUGGAUCGCUUGGCAAACAGUGAAGCAAAUACAAGACGAAUAAGCAUAGUGGAAAACUGCUUUGGAGCUGCUGGACAACCUUUAACUAUUCCUGGCCGUGUACUAAUUGGUGAAGGAGUACUAACAAAGUUGUGUAGGAAGAAGCCCAAAGCCCGGCAGUUUUUCUUAUUCAAUGAUAUUCUUGUGUAUGGUAAUAUUGUCAUCCAGAAGAAGAAAUAUAACAAACAGCACAUCAUUCCACUGGAAAAUGUAACUAUUGAGUCUAUCCAGGAUGAAGGGGAUCUCCGGAACGGAUGGCUUAUCAAGACCCCCACUAAAUCAUUUGCAGUUUAUGCUGCCACAGCCACAGAAAAAUCUGAAUGGAUGAACCAUAUAAAUAAAUGUGUCUCUGAUUUGCUUUCUAAAAGUGGGAAGACUCCCAGUAACGAACAUGCAGCUGUGUGGGUACCUGAUUCCGAAGCCACUGUUUGUAUGCGCUGUCAGAAAGCAAAAUUUACUCCUGUCAAUCGUCGUCACCACUGCCGAAAAUGUGGGUUUGUUGUAUGUGGGCCUUGUUCUGAAAAGAGGUUUCUUAUACCUAGUCAGUCUUCUAAGCCUGUGCGAAUCUGCGAUUUCUGCUAUGGCCUCCUUUCCACAGGAGAGAUGUCUGCAUGCCAGUCCACAAGAUCAGACUCUUAUAGCCCAUCACCGAAACCUCCUUUAAAUGAUACAUCAGAUGAUGAUGAUGAUGAUGACAGCAGUGACUAAGUAAUGAAAGAGAAUAUUACAACUGGCAUUUGAACCUGAGUCGUUGUACAAGGAAACCUCUAGUUGCAGGCUCUUCUGAGAGGCCAGCCUAGCCAUAAAAUUUGCCUGAAAAACCUUUAACUCGAAUGUGCCUCAAUAUCAAUAUCUCCUAGAAUCUAGCAUUACUUUUUUCUCCAGGGACAGACUGUUGUGAAUAAAUCAUUUUCCAGCUUUGUAUACUUGAUUUCCUCUGUAGGGGUGAGUUAAUUGUCUUUUCCUUCCCCCUUCUUCCCAGUGGAGGAACUGAAAAUCAAGCACAAAUUUUGUUUUCUUUUUCUACCAACAAUCAAUCCCUUGUUGUUUGUUGAUGUUAUCUUAUGGCUUCUUUUUAAUACUGGGAUGUGGAACUAAGCCUGCUUGAAACUGUGGUAUUUUGGUUAGCACAUUAAAUAGGACAUCUUAAUCAGACUUUGAAACUGAUACUAUACUAUGAUCCUUUGUAAAAUAAAUGCAUACUGUAUUUCAGUAACAUUUAAAAACAUUAUGCAAGAUUUCAUACACCAAGCAGUGCCUUGUAAUGACUGCACUGUUGCAGGAAGAAACUAACAUGUUUUUACCCUCUGGCAUGCAGCCAACUAAAAUAUUGUUGGUGCUAUUGACAAUAAUUGCUGUUGUAUAACUAACAUUUGAGUAGUAGGGACUGUGAGCAUAGUGCUGCAAUUUGCAUUCUUCACUAGUCUCUUGCACACAUUUUUUUAAAUUAGGAUGUUGUAUAUGAACAGAUGCUGCACUGUUGUGGAGUCCCUAUUAUGAGCUCCCCUUAAAUGUGGCACAUCCACAAUAGGAACAAAACUGCUGUGCUUGGUGACUUCUAAGAAAGUAGAUCUUCUUCAAGUAGAUCUGAUAUUUUGAUACUUUAAAAAUUGUGUAAGAUUAUUAAAUGUUUAUAGCUAUCAGGUGUUAGUAACUGAGAACUAUAUUGUUUUGGAUCAUGGUAUUUGCUGUAAUGUUUUUUGAUUUCAUAUUUAUAAAAUUUAAUUUGUCAGAUCUGUCACUAAAUUUUUAAACUUGAGGAAUGGAUAUUUUAAGUAACCAGAAUGUGUUUUUAAAGCACAACAACAUGAAAAAAAAUGUCCCAAUCAUCCAGCCGAAAAAGAUAUCUUCAAAAAGUCCAUCCCUUGUACACAGCUGACCUCAAGAUAGUAAUUAACUGCAGGUGACUUCACAUAAAUCCAGGACCAGGACAAAUUGUGUAAAAGUGUUUUCAAUAAAAUAUUUACUUUUUACUUUUAACAACAUUCUUUUCUAUGAUGGCGUCAAUUUUAGAGAAAUGUCAAAUUUAGCUCUGUGAAGUUUUGUAAAACCCUGAUGCAUAUCUAUAUUUUUAUAUAACUUGUAUUCAGUCAGUUUAUGUAGAAGUUCUCUGAGAUAACUGCGCAGGAAAACAGGAAUUAGCAUCUGAAAGUUUAUAAAAAGUAUUGAAUAUUGUUUGUACAAAAAAUGUUAUAGUAUAUAGACAGUUUCUGCACUGUUUGCCUCAUCUGGCAGUAAUUUGGCUCUAUUUAUUGAAUAAACAGUCAAUUCUGCAUCUUGCAUUAGUCUCCCAGUCUGUACUCUGGCUGCUUUAGUACAGAUGUCAAUGUUGGGGAAAAGUGAGGUGAUUUUAUUGGUGAUGUGAAAGCAUUUCCAUUUACUUUGGGAGUACCUUGGGAAAAGGUUUGCGCUGAUUGUGCAGCAGCAGUACCCAAUAGAUUAUGCCUGCUCAGAGCAGUAGGGCAUAAAUCCAGUUGUUUUUUGCCAAGUAGAUUAGACACUUGGAAUGAUGUCAAGACUUAUUAAAAUUUUUGCUGGGUCUAAGAACUGGUUUUUAGAUCUGACUUUCUAGCUGAAAUUCAAUAAACCUGCACAGUAUUGAGGGACUUGUACAUUCAUUCACAUGGAGGCUCAGAGAGGAAUACAUUUGCCUACAUUUUUGGACAACUCAUGGACCUCCACAUCUCUCUCAUAUGCUCUUUCAAUUCCCAAAUUCAGACUGAGUUUGUGGAUUUGGAAAGACAGUGAUUUAAAAAUUCCACCUAGAGUGUCAUUAAAAUGCUGUAACUGAGUUUACCAUUUUACAGUAUGUUAGAAGAUACACAUAACAAAAUCUAGAUCAUGGUAGAGCAUUACAGCAAUUUUGGCCUUGCACACUUUUCUUUCUCCACCAAGCAUUUGUGAAUUGACUGGAAGGUCUUUUUAACUUACAUGAGUUAGAGUGCUGUUUUAUUCUCAAACUUUGAUUAAUCUCAAGCAUGGUUAGUUGAAACAAGCAGCUUUCAUAAAUUCGGUUUUGAAGUUUUUCCCCCCAACAAAACAUAGUUAAAAUUAGCCACAGUUUGUCAAGGUUCAGGUGACACAGCAACUUGUGGUUAAUAUAAGUUCAAAUGUAAGCUGCUAAAUAUCUUGCGGUUGUGAUAGCAGGAAAUAUGUCAGCUUGAACCUUACUGAGGCUCACUGUGAUGUAUUAGGCAUUUUGUCAGGGUAGUGCCUUUGCUUUGCUUUGCUUUGCUUUACAGCAGCCAUAGAAGACUGUGUUAAAGUCAUUGGCCACGAAAACUAAAAACAAAUGAACCAAUAAUGUGUCAUUGAUGUUUGGAAGCAGAUGAUUUUUAAAGAGAACCCAAGGAUGCAGUAUUUUUUGUGCUUCUUUGGAAGAGGUCCACAGAUAUCAUUGAGACUUUUCAUCCAUUAGCAUUGGUAGGAGUUGGCUAUAAGUGGAGUUAGUUUCUUUUGCUGAAGGGCUAAUUUGACGACCUUCCCUUAACCAUAUCACAGAUAUAACUAUAAGAUAUGAAAUAUGUUGACAUAGUUCCACUUUCCUAUCUUUUCUUUGCAAAAGACUGCAUGUUCAGUAUUGAAUGGCAUACUUGUAGUUGCUCAGAUAUCUUCUAAUGCUGCACAAAUCCUUUAACACUUUCUGCUUGCAAGAAAAUUAUUAUUUGUCAUCAUGCUCUGCCUAUCAACCUCUUGUCUCCAUUAUUAUCUGUGAAUGAAAUUCACAUUAUGCUGCAAUUGAUCCUUAAAGCUGUUACCAAAUUGACAUAGGACAAAAAGAAUCCUAGGAACAGGAUUGUGAAAAUAGGUUACCACUUCUGUGGUACUGCACAGAAUUUUUUAAUGUAAGAUAAAUGUUUGUCUUUGGUGUUAGUCAAACUUUUAAAAGGGCUUAAUAAAUGGUUUUGUAACUUGAA